GUUGUGCAGAACUGUGUUUCUCCUCUGAGUUCUCUUCUCUCACACAAACACCAACCACAGAAAAUUAAAUUAAAAUAAAAUCAAAAACAAAAAUAAAAUCAAAAUAAAACCUUAGAAUUCUAUUUUCAACCUUUCUCCUUCAUUCAUUCUUCACUUUUCGCUUUUCGCUUUUCGCCAUUCUCAUUCUCAUGGCUUCUCUUACCUCUCCUCUCUGCACGUGGCUUGUUGCUGCUUGCAUGUCAGUCACGUGCGAAUCUCACUCCUCUCGUUCUCCUCGUUCUCGUCGUCGUAGCAAGAACCUUCUCAAUCUCAAUCUCAAUCUCCCCCUUUCCACUCCCAAUCGGUACCGCUCUGGUAAAGUAAAGGCCGUAGCUUUAGAACCUGCUCAAGAAGGUACAACAACGAGAAAACCUCCUUUAAAGCAAAGACGAGUAGUGGUGACGGGCUUGGGCGUGGUCACGUCACUUGGUCAUGAUCCAGAUGUCUUCUACAAUAAUUUACUUGAUGGUGUUAGUGGGAUAAGCGAGAUCAAUGCUUUUGAUUGUGCGGAAUUUCCAACGAGGAUUGCUGGUGAGAUCAAGUCUUUUUCAACUGAUGGCUGGGUGACGCCAAAGUUUUCAAAGAGGAUGGAUAAAUUUAUGUUGUAUAUGCUGACAGCGGGGAAAAAAGCAUUGGCUGAUGCUGGAGUUACUGAAGAUGUAAUGGAUGAAUUAGAUAAAGCAAAAUGUGGUGUUUUGAUUGGCUCAGCAAUGGGUGGAAUGCAGGUUUUUCAUGAUGCCAUUGAAGCUUUACGAAUCUCAUACAGGAAGAUGAAUCCUUUUUGUGUACCUUUUGCAACCACAAAUAUGGGUUCCGCCAUGCUUGCGAUGGAUCUGGGGUGGAUGGGCCCAAAUUAUUCAAUCUCUACAGCAUGUGCUACAAGUAAUUUUUGUAUAUUGAAUGCUGCAAACCAUAUAAUUAGAGGUGAAGCUGACCUGAUGCUUUGUGGUGGUUCAGAUGCUGCUAUAAUACCAAUUGGUUUGGGUGGCUUUGUAGCGUGCAGGGCACUUUCACAGAGAAAUGAUGAUCCUACUAAAGCUUCACGCCCGUGGGAUAUUAACCGUGAUGGAUUUGUCAUGGGGGAAGGUGCUGGAGUUUUGCUUUUAGAAGAAUUAGAGCAUGCUAAGAAAAGGGGAGCAACCAUAUAUGCAGAGUUCCUUGGUGGAAGCUUCACCUGUGACGCUUACCAUAUUACUGAGCCACGUCCUGAUGGGGCUGGUGUUAUUCUUUGCAUUGAAAAUGCAUUAGCUAAUUCCGGUGUUUCAAGGGAGGAUGUGAACUACAUAAAUGCACAUGCCACAUCCACACCUGCUGGAGAUCUUAAGGAGUACCAGGCUUUGAUUCAUUGUUUUGGCCAAAAUUCUGAUUUAAGAGUUAAUUCGACAAAGUCUAUGAUUGGUCAUCUACUAGGGGCAGCAGGUGGUGUGGAAGCCGUAGCAACUAUACAGGCAAUAAAGACAGGGUGGGUUCAUCCUAAUAUCAAUCUAGAAAACCCAGAUGAAGCAGUGGACACCAAUGUGCUUGUGGGUCCAAAGAAAGAGAGAUUGGACAUAAAGGCAGGCUUGUCUAAUUCAUUUGGUUUUGGUGGCCACAAUUCUUCAAUCAUAUUUGCCCCUUUUAAAUGAAAAAACAGAUUUUACCAAGUGUUUACCUUCCUAUCAUCAUUAACAAGUUGCUGAGUAACCAGGCAAUGUGUUGCAUUCACAUACUCUUCCUACUACUCCUUUGCUUGAGUGAAAAUGCCUGUGGUGUGGAUUGCUUACCUGGAUGGUCGAUAUUUUCUGAAAUUGCCGAUGAGAUGCAACUCUACAAUCAGAACUUCCAGAGAUUGUUUGGUGCUUCUGGUGAGAUAAAAUUGUGUUUAUCAGUUGGUGAACAAAAAUUCUGUCUGACCAUGAAUGACUAGAGUAGGAAUUGACUUUUGAUGUAACCGUUAGACAAUCACUUGAUGGGAACAUUGACAUUAUUUAAUUGACUGUUAAAAGAGAAAAUGUGGAUUUUGGGCUGACAA